AUGCUCUCAUUCCAUCGACAAGCUACAAGAUAAUUGCUCUUGAGUGCUCGAACCUGCUUUUCUAGUAAAGGCGACAAGAAACCAAGUCAUCCCAAAUUUGUAUUUGGUGUUCCCAAGGAAACAUUUCCUCAUGAAAAUAGAGUAGCUGCAACACCUGAAUCAAUUAAAAAUUUAGUCAAAGAUGGUCAUCAAGUUCUCGUAGAGACUGGAGCAGGCUAAAAGGCUAAUUUUGCAGAUAAUGUGUAUCAAGAAGUUGGAGCAAAAGUUGUCGACUCCAAAUCAAUCUAUGAUUAAUCUGAUGUAAUCUUAAAAAUUAGACCCCCUGAAAAUACUAAAGCCUUGAAAGAAAACCAAACACUUACUUCGUUCAUCUACCCCGCAUAAAAUAAAGAAUUACUAAAUUAAUUGUAGGAAAAGAAAAUAACAACAUUCGCUAUGGAAUGUGUUCCUAGAAUUACUAGAGCUUAAACCUAUGAUGCCUUAAGUUCUAUGGCUAAUAUUGCAGGAUACAAAGCAGUUGUGUUGGCAGCAAAUGAAUUCGGCAGAUUCUUUGCUGGUUAAAUGACAGCAGCAGGAAAAGUACCACCUGCUAAGGUGAUGGUUAUUGGAGCAGGAGUGGCUGGUUUAUCAGCUAUUGUAACCGCUAAGAAUAUGGGAGCUAUUGUUAGAGCAUUUGAUACAAGAUUAGCAACCAAAGAAUAAGUAAAAUCUUGUGGAGCUGAGUUUUUGGAAGUCAAAAUCAAUGGUGAAGUAGUUGAUGGUGCAGGUAUCGGUGGAUAUGCUAAGGAAAUGGGAAAAGAAUAUUUAGAAGCAGAGUUAGCUUUGUUCUUAAAGUAAGCCAAAGAAGUUGAUAUCAUUAUCACCACUGCACUUAUCCCAGGAAGACCAGCACCCAAAUUAUUAUCAAAAGAAUUAGUAGAAAACAUGAAAUAAGGUUCAAUUAUUGUUGAUUUGGCUGCUGAAACUGGAGGAAACUGUGAAUUAUGCAAACCAGGAGAAUUAUACAAUCACGAAGGAAAAGUUAAGAUCAUUGGAUACACUGAUUUACCAAGCAGAUUACCUACUUAAAGUUCAACAUUAUAUGCUAAUAAUAUUGGAAAGUUGAUGUAAUAUAUUGUUGGAACAAUCAAAGAUCCAAAUGGAAACAUGACUCAAGUGGAUUUGAAUGAUGAUGUCGUUAGAUAAUCAUUAGUAACACUUAAUGGAGAAUUGAAAUGGCCACCUCCUCCCAUCAUUACAUCUAAGAGUGAACUCUAAUAAGCAGAUACAACUAAAGCUGCAACUGGUCAUAAAAAAUAAGAAGUCAAAGUAGAUCCAUACAAAUAAGCUUGGAAGAAUCAUCUCUAAUGGCUAAUGAUGGCUUUAGGUUAUCAAUCUCCUAAUAUGGAAUUCUUAAAGAUGUUGAAUACCUUUGCUUUGGCAGGAAUUGUUGGUUACUAAGUCGUUUGGGGUGUCACUCCCGCCUUACAUUCACCAUUGAUGUCAGUUACAAAUGCAGUAUCUGGUAUAAUUAUUGUUGGUGGUAUGGAAUUGAUGGAUGGCAGAGUAUUUACCAGGAUUCUUUGACUGGAUUAUUGGCAGCUGUUUCUGUUGCCAUAGCUUCCCUGAACAUUUCUGGUGGUUUCUUAGUCACAUAAAGAAUGUUAAAUAUGUUUAGAAGACCAACUGACCCUG